AUGGGUGGGUUCAGAGCAGUCGAGGACCGGCCGACGCCCAAGGAGGUCUUCAACUUUAGGUUGUACUUGGAAUCGACCAUCAUUGCUGUUGGAGCAUUUCUCUUCGGAUACGACUCAGCAUUUAUCGGGACCACGAUCGCGCGCGCGAGUUUCAAGGCCGACUUUGGCGUGUCGGGACCGCAGGCGAACAACAUCUCGAGCAACAUCACCUCUGCUUUUCAGGCUGGAGCCCUGGGCGGCGCCUUGGCUUCCUUCAUGAUUACCGAGCUUUACGGGAGGAAAUGGGCCCUCAACAGCAGCUGCAUCGUCUUCCUGGUCGGCGCGGUCCUCAUGACGGCGGCUACUAACCAGCUUGACUACAUAUACGCUGGUCGUGCCCUCACAGGCUUGGCUUGUGGCUGCAUAACUGCAACCGUCCCCAGCUACAUCGCCGAGCUGUCUGUCCCGUCUAUCCGAGGCAUCAUGACGGGUCUGUUCGAGAUCACGUACCAGCUGGGCUCUCUUGUAGGAUUCUGGAUCAACUACGGCAUCAACAACACCAUGGAUCCCAACUCCCGGGCCUCUUGGCGCGUUCCAAUGGCCGUGCAGAUCCCGCCGGCGGCCCUGAUCCUCGUAGGCUCCUUUGUGCUGCACGAGAGCCCCCUCUGGCUGCUUCGCAAGGGCAAGGACGCGCAGGCGUUCAAGGCCCUGGAGACGCUGCGGAAGCUGCCCAUCGAUCACCAAUAUCUCCAAGAAGAGGUGCAGAUGAUGCGCGGCCGCAUCGCAGACGAAGCGGCCAUCGCGAGCAGGUACGGAGCCGGCACCAUGGCUUUCGUCAAGGGGGCCAUGUUUGAGUUGUCGCGCAAGGGCAUGUGGAACCGCGUGCUGCUCGUGUUUUGCGCAUUUGCCUUGCAGAACAUGUCUGGAGCUGCCGCCAUCAACUACUACUCCCCCACGCUGUUUGGGUCGCUGGGCAUCACCGACGUCGCGCUCUACACGGGCAUUUACGGCCUGGUCAAGGCCGUCGCCUCCAUCAUCUUUUACAUCUUCCUCAUCGACCUCUGGGGCCGCCGCAACCCGACCAUCAUCUCGUCGCUCGCCUGCUCCCUGUGUCUGUGGUUCGUCGGCGCCUACGUCUACGUCGGCAACCCGGCCGGCGCCAUCGCCGCGGGCCGCGAGCUGUCCGAGUCGACCGCCGCCGGUGGCCGCGCCGCCACCGCCAUGAUCAUGAUCUACUCGGUGUUUUGGUCGUUUGGGCUCAACGGGAUCCCGUGGAUCGUGUCGGCCGAGAUCUUUGCCGGAGCGCUGAGGAACGUCACGGGGACGUUUGCUGCGCUCUGCCAGUGGGCCGUGCAGUUCGCCAUCACAAAGGCCCUGCCGUACAUCUUUGCGUCGCUGGGCUUUGGCGUCUGGUUCUUCUUUGCGUGCUGGAUGCUGCUCGCCACCGCUUGGGCUUUCUUCCUGCUGCCUGAGACCAAGGGGCUGACGCUUGAACAGAUUGACAAGAUUUUUGGCUAUAUUGGCGACAGAAGGUCCGAUGAAAUGACUGCCUCGGCUAAGAAUUCCAUCACGGCCGUUGAAAACGCGGACAGAUGA